AUGGCUUUCCGCAUUAAAAUGCCUCUUAGCCUUAAAUUGCGGAUUAAAGGCAAUGUAAAAGCGAUUGACGUUUAUCAUGGGUUGCAGGAACGCAUCGGCAGCGGACCCAAAGUGUUGAGGGGUUUGGUCCACGUUACUGGGGAUCUGUGGAAUGUCACUGUUGCCAAUGAGGAGGUCAAGCAAAAACUGCUUAAUGAAGAUCUGGUGCUUAAUGGAGUAAACUGUCCGGUUUAUGAAGUUGAGCAAUCCAGAACUUUGGUUAAGGUGAAGAGCCCCUAUGAGAUUCCGGAUGAACGGAUAGGGGCUGCUCUCAAACAAAUUGUCCCUCAAGAUCUGGACACUGAGAGUAGUGGAGAUGAAGAUGACAUCGCAGUUGCGAUGGAUGAUAGUGGUAAUAAGGACGACGAGGAUAUGAAUAAUGAUGAUCAUGACAAUGAGCAGGGAGAUAAUGACAGAAAGGAUGACAGUGAUGAUGACACGGACGAUAGUCUGAGGCUGAGGAUGAUUGUGAAAUGGUUAAUGGGGAUACGGGAUGUUGGACAGGAGGGGUAG